AUGUCAAAUCCGCCGUCCGAUCCCGAAGAUACCCUGCCUAACCCCCUGGUGACACCUGCCGCACCUGCCCAACAUGAUUGCUCGACACAGGCCGAAGAAGCUCGGCCCAAUCCACGUCACCACUCUUUGCAUUCGCAGCACGAAAACCUGUCCCAGGGGGAUCCACUGGCAUCCUCCCCGUCGCGGGCGGAAUCCCCCACAAUCCAUCAAUGGUCUCAACCCACACCUUUCACUGUAAAAAGGGCCUCUACGAACCCCCAGGAAAAUUUCCCCCGCCUUGAAACCUUUUACAGUCCACAAUUGUCCGAAAGGGACAGUAUCUUUGCUACCCACUAUCUCCCCACCGACAGCGGCGCCAAUACCCCACAAUUGCCCCCGGCUAGGGCCCCGGACAAUGAACGCCAGGUGAAUUCGAUCCCAAGCCUCGAUGAUGUGCACGGGUCUCCAAGUCCUCCCUCUAAGGUCUCUCCCCACAAUUCUCACGUCGACCCUUCCCACAUGGAAGUUGACGCCCGCAGACAUCUCCCAUUGCGCUCCUCUUACUUUUCCUCCUCCGAUGCAUCCCCGUUCUCUCCUUUGCGCUCGUCUGCCUUCGCUCCAGACCAGGUGAAGGACCAGGAAAGGGAGACCGCCGUUCAGUUAUCGUACACGGGUGAACCAGGUACGAAGUUUGAAAGCCCAAACUCACCGACUGAACGCAGUCUUCUUCCAUCUAUCAUAGACGAUGCUUCUCACUCGCCCCAGUCAGUGACACCUGAUCACGAAUGGCCACCCCUUAGUCGAGAAGGGGUCUCCUUUGAUUCAUUCGCCGAACCUUCUCGGGCCGUGGCUCUUCCGCGGAGCUCUAGUCGAGGUCGUCUUGGGCGGGUCGAUAAUUCGAUUGAGGCGAAUCUUAACAACGCGGAGCCAGCUACAAACGUGCGCAGUCGUAAGUCCAGUCAUUACCUGGGCUUAUUCAAAGAAAACACUACUUCACCAGAGCGGAAAAAAUGGGAGGAUCACUCCCGACACCAAGAUGAGACCCCAGACAUGUGGGAUCUUGCUAUGGAUCGUGACAUGCAGGCUUCGAAUCUGCCAUCAGAGAGUUCGCUGAUUCGAAAGAGCAUCUCUCUUCCCUCCCUCGGAGAAGGCCCGGCGUUCGAAGCCCCGCCGGUAACCGAAUCCCAGCGCCAGCGGGAGCCAGAGGAGCCUGUCAAGCGUCGCCCCCCCGUGCUACCUCGUGGUCUUCUUGAGGAAAUCAGGAACUUUCAUCUGACUCCAGGAGGGGCUCGCGGUUCAUCCUUCUCCAGGAGUAUUCCGGCCCAAUAUUCGGAACGCAGUAGGGGUUAUUUCCAGAAAGAUCCUCAUAUUGAGCAUUUUACAGACUCGCUGAGCUCCGUUGAACAGGAUGAGCGGCGAGAUUCAGCACAGUUUGAGGACGAAGGGAACGAGCAAAUUAAGUCUGCCGUUUAUUUCCCCCACGAGCGCCUCACCGUACCCGAUGAAGCCAAUGAUUCGCGGCCAAUAGGGGCCGACUCGCACAGCGUGCAGCCAGUUCAGCUUUCUGCGACUGACAAGAGUCAUGGAUUGAUGUUAAUACCCCAGCGUCGUAGUCCCCCGCCUGAGCAAGAGGUUGGCCAUGUGGAUAUAUCCUUUCGAUCUAAAAAUGAAAGUAAGAUUCUCCAUGGUGAUCUUCAGAAUCUCCGAUCACCCUCUGAGGGUGUAUCAGAGAAACCCCUGGGUCCGAUAUCUGAGUACAGCUAUGACUCGACUGUCGAAUCCGAUGCAGUCUCUGCGGAUGAAAGUGGUCUGUCGGUUGAGGAAUCCAGCCUGACUGAUGAUGCGGACGUUACGCCGACUGCUACCCCUACUCAGCAACCACGCAUCCCUGCCCGUCAAAAGCCAGCGGGGCCACUUGGUGCUGUUGAGUUGAAACCCUAUAGGCAUCAAGUGGGUGGACACACAACUGUAUUCCGUUUCUCGCGACGUGCAGUGUGCAAACAGCUCAACAACCGUGAAAAUGAGUUUUAUGAACGCAUUGAAAGAAGACAUCCGGAUAUGCUUGUCUUUCUCCCCAGAUACAUCGGUGUUCUGAAUGUAACCUUUUCAAAGACCCCAAAGCGACCAAAGGAUCAGUCGGAAAAUGGCACAUUGGAAGCUAAGCAAUCAAAUGGAGCUCCUGGGAAGGAUUCUCAAAUCCCACCAGCAGAGCCUCAGCGAAUUGUGAGCCAGAGUCAGAUCACGGGUGUCAUCCCCAAGGUAAUCCUUGAAAACAACCGUCACAUCAUUCCGGCUGAUUUGUUUUCACGUCAACGAUCGAGGGUACUGGAGGAUUCGCGGAACGGCCGACCACAUUCUGCUGGUGGACUUGGGGAGCGCAGCUCGGAUCCCAAUUCGUUUAGCAGCCAAGCCAAAAUAUGGGGAGCUACAACUGUCAACAGAAAGCUCCAGGAGCAGGUCCUUCGUGAGGUUUUCAGUCCUCCUGCGAUCCAUCAUCAUCGACGACAUGCCCGUGGACAUUUGCACUUGGCGAGAAACGCUUCAGAUACGACUACUCAUCGGCGUGGGGACAUGUCAGAAGACCAUACAUCUGCACUACGCCCUUCGUCACUUGGAAAAGUACAGACCUUGAGGUCGCCUACAAUGGAUAUUGCGCGAUCCGAUCCUGAAGCCCCUGCUCUUUCCUCGUCUGCAUCCACAGCCUUGGAUGAAAACCGCAAUCGCAUAGAGAGAGUGAAGACUGAGGAUCAGCCCAAUCGAGCGAACUCCCUCAACCGUGGCAAAGCUGUACGAAGAAGACAUUCAGGUGGUGGCCUGCAACGGAGAGUAAGCAUUACCUCCGAGAAAAAAAGUGAUCUGAUGUUUUUCGACGACGACGGAUAUGGUGGAGACAAAGAGGACGAAAUUUUCUCGAUGGAGGGCGAUGCACCCCCGCCUGCAGAUUUCCCACCAUCAGGAACGCUCCCUAUCUCGAAAUCCUCCGCCAGCACCCCUGCUAGCGGACCUGUUAUCACGGACAACAAGCCAUCUGACAAAAUAUCUGCUGCAUAUUCCCAGCUUACGGCAGAGGAUGCGUUGACAACACAUCUCCCCAGUAAUCCCAAGGAAGCGCAAUUGAGGAAAGACGAACGAGUCCAGUUCUUCCUCCUCCUUGAAGACCUUACCGCCGGUAUGAAUAAGCCAUGUGUACUAGAUCUCAAAAUGGGCACCAGACAGUAUGGUAUUGAGGCCAAUGAUAAGAAGAAGAAGUCACAGAGACGCAAGUGCCAAUCGACAACAUCGCGGCAACUUGGGGUACGCCUAUGCGGCAUGCAAGCUUGGAAUGUCAAAAAGCAGGAGUACAUCUUCGAAGAUAAAUACUUUGGACGCGAUUUGAAAUCCGGCCGUGAAUUCCAGGAUGCUCUUACCCGCUUCCUCUACGAUGGAGUGAGUUAUUCUAGCGUGGCCAAGAAGAUCCCCGUCAUUCUGGAGAAAUUAUCGCUUCUUGAGCAUAUGAUCAGAAAACUCGAUCGAUACCGUCUCUAUGCUAGCAGCCUGUUGCUCUUGUAUGAUGGAGAGCCUACUCCACAAUCACCAACUCCCACCGACGACCCCACUGAUUCCCGACCCCGACUCCAAGAAGAUGGCCAUAAAACUAUAGACGUGAAGCUGAAAAUUGUUGAUUUUGCCAAUUGUGUCACCGGCGAGGACGAAUUGGCCCCAGACACCCCUUGUCCUCCUCACCAUCCUGAUGAUAUUGAUCGGGGCUACCUACGAGGCCUUCGCACAUUGCGCAUGUACUUCCAGCGCAUUUUGAACGAAAUCACGCAAGAUGAAUUCAUCGAGCGUGGAGAAGGAGAGGGCAUUGCUCUUGGCUCUCAACCUGCCGUUCUUGAAUUACCCUCCGAUCAAUAUUGGAACGAGGGCGUGAUGGAAAGCGAUGCGGGUGAAGUCAGCUUCUGA